AUGUGGGACCAGCUGCCGGAGCUGAUAUUGACGUUAAUUUUUGAUCACUUGGAGUGCCGGGACCGGUUCAAUGUCGACCGGACCUGUCAGUCAUGGAGUCGAGCGCUGGCUGCCCCAGUUCUUUGGCGAUCAAUCACCAUUACCAUAGACAGAGACUUACGAGGCGACUUAUCUCCUACAAAGCAGCUCGUGGCCAAGUAUGGACAGUAUAUCAGAAAGUUAGAGUUUGCUUGGUCCCGGCCGUACAUUUUGCCGCGCGAAACUCGAGCCACUUGGAAUAUUCGGGCCAAGGAGGGUAUUGAAUUUAUAGGGGUUAUCAAGGACAAAACAGUCCAACUGAACCAGCUUGUACUUACAAACUGGUUCUUUGGUACUAACUGGAACCAUCGCAGCAAACUUUUGUAUGCUGUCGGACACUUUCUCAGGUGUCAGCAGAAGUUGAACUUCCUGAGUCUGCUGAAUGCAAACUUGGGUGUCAGCGAUGUCUUGAGGUUAUUCCGAGCUGUCUCUUGGUCCUGCGGCGGGACUUUGGAGCAGUUGGACAUCAGGGGAGCCUUCAAAGAUUGGCAGGCGCCGCACAGUAACUCCAGAUACCUUGAGUAUCUUGGAAGGCUGCACACACUGACGACAUUUAAAUUGGACUACCCGGCGCUGUCUGAUCUGGCUCUCAAUUCACUUGCCACCGCGGCACCUAAAGUACUUAGAGACUUGCAUAUCUCUGUUCGUGAUUCGGAUUCACGUCAGCAUACUAUUCAAGACGAAGCUUGGCUCAAUCUUGUAACUGUUUGUCCUCAACUAACAGUUUCUUACACAAUCGUAAACAUUUCACAUUAUGAAGACAUAGCUUAUCUAUUAUUACCGAGCAUACCCCUUGCACGUUUUCACAUGUACGGAGGUCAUGUCUGGGAUCAAAGUCGAUCCAGAAACUUUCGGAGCACGGUCGGACUUCUCAUAACUUAUUACACCAAGACCUUAACUGAAGUAACUCUGCAACUGAGAAACAACCGUGAGGCUCUCGAUGAUUUGCUCGUAUCGAUGCUGGAACGCUGCAAGCGGCUGAUGAAACUUCAAUACGACGGGAUCAUCCGGAACGUCGAUACCCUCAGGGAGAUUUUCGGCUUGCAAGUAGACAACAAAACUUACUUCCAAACUAUUCACGUUAAGCCACGCAACCUCAGCCUGAAGAAUCGCCUCAUUUUGGACGACAUCAAUUAUCGCUACGGCCACAAAUUGAUGGACAGAGGCGUCGACUUCCGCAUUGACGACCCGGCUUUUAAUUUUUACUAAUUUAAUUAUUUUGUAAAUUACUUUUCAAAAUUAAUAACAUGACAUUUUUUUUAAUAAAAAUAUAGAAAUUUAUUUUUAGAUACAUUUUAUGAGACAUUAUUUUAUUUGAAGGAGAACUAGGAAUUGACAUAAAGUAUUUUUUUUUUUUACGUACAGGUAUAAAAUAUUGAGUAAAUCUCCACUCCAUUGAUCGCACAAGUACUGAGAAUAUCAAAUUCCUUGAGUUCGUUCAAUAAAUGUAAGUGACAUUCCGAGUCCUUAUGAAUGUCAUUCAUCUAAAAUUAUGUUUCAUAUAUUUUUAUAUCCAUCUAUAUAUACAUAUACAUUACGGGUGUGUGGAUAGUGAUCGUCGAUAAUUUAAAAUUUCAAAUAAUCCGGAACUUGGAUCUAAGAAUUAAACUUCUGAUUCUCAAAUUUCAAUAUUUCGUUGAAAUUUCUCAUUUAAUUUUUCCCUUAAUCUAGUAAAUUAAUAUCUAAUUUAUUCAUCAGACAAAAAUAUCAGAUUGGUUAGAAGAAUUUCGACCUGAUUCUAUCACGCAGAAACCGACCGGACGAAUCCAAUGUCACGCAAUAUCUAAUUACGUUGGAAAAAUAAUAAUCAAAUUAAGCAACUAAAUAAUUUUUACAAUUACUAUGAUAUAUUGAUAAAUUCCGUGUGAUAUGUAAUCGAUUUCUGUGCAAUAGCGACUGGUCCAGAAAUUUUUCUUUUUUAAAAUUUGAAUUUCGAGCCAAUUUUAAAGCAUUAAUUACGAAUAAUUUUCAAAUAAAAAAAUUUUUCCCACACCCUUGAUAUAUAUAUAUAUAUUUAUUUAUUUAUUUAUAUAAAUGAUUUCUUAAAUAUCUUGUUAUGAUGAACAAAAAAAAUAAUUCCUUCAGUUUAAACUCCAGUCUCAUUAAAAUCGACAUCAGUAAUUCCUUUGAAUCCUCUUUAAACCUUACCUUUACCUGAAUCAUAUUAUUAUGUCAGCUGAAUACCUGUCAAGUUGUCAAACAAAGUUAAUCAAUUAAUUACACGACAAUAGCCAAGCGAGGUCAUUACUUUCCGCAAGUUAUUAGUCAGUAAAUUGUCAGAGAGUUGCGAUAGAGAGACAGAGUUAAAACUUAAUCAAUGUGUGGAAAAGAGAGACACGAUGUGUGAUCACAGAGGACCUGUUUUCCGGCAACCAUGAAGCUGUUGGAGUAAAACGAAUAAAUUCACCCUCGCGUAAGUGGAGAACCUGAAAGUAUUCUGGGUGUAUCUAUUGUACGGAAUGAUUCUUAUUGCGAUGUCACUGCACGUAGUUGACACGCCCAUUAAAUUACAUUCCAUAUGGAAGUAUUCUCACAGCUCCCAGCUCAGAACGGGUCUUCUUAACGCGGAGUAACAUUGGUACAGAGUAUGAAUUGCCGGAUUCGCCGGAUAAGUACUUACUGCAUCUCGCGAUACGUUGGUUGAAUGCCCCCUGCACAUAUAACAGCGAGAGGAGUUUUAAAUGGGAAUCGUCGAAAAAAUUCCCGAGCUUUAUCUUCUACA